CCGACCCGAUACAUGCACACCGCUAAUCCUAAUACCUAUCGUUCCGGCGAUAAAAGAAAAGGAAGAACACGAAAAAAUUCGUGUUCCUAUAUAAUUUUGAGAGCCGAGUUCAAGUAAUUUUGACCACACUGAAUAGACACUCCAUAUUUCCCUCAUCCUUUAUCUACAGUCCUCACAUUUUCAUCUCACUCGCCUUUUCUUUUCUUUUCUUGUCUUUCUCUCUGUUCUCCUUCUAUGGUGUGGUUUCAGUGAUCAUGGCUGUGGAACUCAUGAUGGCUUACAGGAACAGUGGUUUUUUAGUAACUAAGAUGGAAGAAAACGCCGUCGAAGAAGAGGCUUCAGGACUCGAGAGUGUUAACAAGCUAAUUAGAUUAUUAUCCCAACAGAAUCAAGAAAAUCUUCAUCAGUCAUCAACUCCAACCUCGAGAACUUCCAUGGAUGUGGAAAUGGAUUGCAAGGCUGUUGCAGAUGUUGCCGUUCCUAAAUUCAAGAAAGUCGUUUCUCUUCUGCCUCGUAACAGAACUGGCCAUGCGCGCUUUAGAAGAGCCCCUGUGUCUACUCCUCCAGUUAACCAAAGACAAGAACAAGAUUAUCAAGUUCUUGAAGCUAAUCAGCUUUAUUAUGCCACACCAAUCCAGCAGAUUCCACCUCCAGUUCAUAACCAAAAUCAUUAUCCUAUUGUAGAGCCAAAGAACGGGGAGAUUGAGAGGAAAGAUUCGGCAACUACUAUAAACUUCUCUUGUUCUUCAGCUGGGAACUCUUUUGUGUCUUCAUUGACUGGUGAUACUGAUAGCAAACAGCCAUCGUCUUCAUCAUCUUUUCAUAUCACAAAUGUUUCUCGGGUUUCUUCAGCGGGGAAGCCACCUUUAUCUACUUCUUCUUUGAAAAGAAAGUGUAGCUCUGAAAAUUCGGAUUCUUCUGGCAAGUGUGCCUCUUCUGGUCGUUGCCGUUGCUCCAAGAAAAGCAGAAAGAUGAGAUUGAAAAGAGUGGUGAGGGUUCCAGCAAUCAGCUUGAAGAUGUCUGAUAUUCCACCUGAUGACUACUCAUGGAGAAAGUAUGGUCAAAAGCCCAUUAAAGGAUCUCCACAUCCAAGAGGUUACUACAAGUGCAGUAGUGUGAGAGGAUGUCCAGCUCGCAAGCAUGUGGAGAGAGCUUUAGAUGAUCCAUCAAUGCUUGUAGUUACCUAUGAAGGAGAGCACAGCCACACUAUCUCUGUUGCGGAGACAUCCAAUCUCAUCCUAGAAUCCUCUUAACCAGAUCAUCGCCAUCAACAAGAACGAAAAAGUGUAACAAACAGUACUUCUUCUAAACAGCAGCGGUAGCGGCCAGGAGCUGUACUGGAAUCAGAUGAUUAGCUCAGCUUUUUCUUGAAAGAGAUUAGAGGGUCAGUCCAUUUGUUCAUUUGCAUGUAAACUAUGGGAUUCUUGCUGCCUUCUUCUUCCCCACUCUACCUAGAACAACUGUGAACCCGUAUGAUGUUAGUUAAAUUGAAAAUCUAAAAGAGAAAGGAUUAAAAGAUGGUGGAUUUGGUAGUA